AUGCAAUCCAUUAGGGAUUACUGGGGAGGGCAGGUGCAGGUUGACUGCGUGGCUGAGAAGAAAUUCUACAAUGGAACCGCCAAAAUGAGCAUCCGAAUUGACAAGGCGAAGCUGAAAAUGGAGCAAUGUCCAUUUGUUACUUGGCAGGCUCAUUCGGAAUCGCCGACACGAUGCCGAAUCUUCCGAACCAGUGCUAGUGACGUCCCACUAAAUUUCAUUGUGUUUAAUAGGACGGCUCAAAUGCAGGCGCAACUAGGUGCGAGGCAGACAAGUUUCUGCUUGGAUAGACUCAGUCCAGCCACAACCUAUCUCCUUUGUUUGGCAUCACAUGAAUGUCAGAAUGACUGGAACUGCGAGGCCUUUACAACGUUGCAAGCGACUUCACAAGAUACGCCUCCCUAUGCCAUGGAUGUUUAUGUUGAGUGGACAGAUUCCAAGUGGGUCCAAUUAAGCUGGCCACCUCCGAAAAUUAGAAGACCUGCUACGCCACCAAUUGGCUAUGUCAUCUCUGUCCGCAGAGAUGAAAAUUGUUGGGAAAGGGAAGUACUCCUGUCUGCGCCAUGGGCCACGGAAAUGGAAAGAGCACAUAUACGGAAAUCGGCUGAGCGUCUGGAAUGGGCUCACAGAUGUGGUGGUCGAACGGCUAGAGUAGUGGAUGGACAGCUUGAUGGGUAUUGGCCUGAUUUCGCAGGCUCGAGGCGACAAACCUGGGUUGAGGGCUGGAAUGGCGCUGAUGUGGAUGAGCAGGGACCUCUUGGCAUAUUCGCUGUCACCGUGGGUGAUCUCCAAGCCAAUACGUUCUACAAAUUUGCCAUCACACCAAUCUUCCAUCCACAUUCGAACAUUCUUUCUCAAAGUACAGAUAUACAGAUAAAAACAGCUUCAUAUGAUUCACGUGUAUCAGUGGAGGCAGGAGAGGGUUCGAUGUGGAUCUCCUAUCCCAGAGCAUACGAUCUCACGAUUUCUGAGAUCGGGGCUUACCCGAUUCAUUGCAAUCACAGUCCUCAAAUCAAGGCCAUUGCCCUCUCCUCGAACCUAGUCUUUAUCAAUGUGAUCCAUCUCAAUGCCACGGUGUCAAAUCCUCUGGCUUUCAUUACCCGUAUAUGUCAGACUACGGACACCAGACAAUGCAAAUUGCAUCCACUCCAUUAUGAGGUCGUCAGUUCCUACAGUCUCUACCAAAAUCGUUCUGUCUGGCGUCUGAGUAACUUCGGCGACAGUGCUCACUUCAACGCACGCAUUCAAACAACAAACCGUGCAAAUCUGCAAGUCUCCUUGUAUGCGUACCCUGGCGAUUUGCUUACGGGUGAGGAGGUUCAACUAGCCACUACUACCUCGGAACCACGAAAGGACGCUUGCAAAAGUUGGUGCAUAUGGCCGGGUGGUGACUGGAGCAACACAAAUGGUGGUGCUAUCGGUACGUACAAUAGAGAGUUUGCGAGGCGGACCAGUGAUGGUGAAGUGUGUGAGGGCUAUUGUGAACCUCUGUCUGAGGCCAUCAAUGGUGAAAGCGGAUGUGCUCCUCUCCACAAACGCAUGCAAUUGUGCAAUCUUCCUGUCUGCAGUGCUGUUGCCCCAAUUGGUUGCGUAACAGACGCAGACUCUGCGCAGGGAACGUCUUGGAUUAGCGUGGAGUGGAAGAAUCCAAGGGAGUCAGUCGGCUCCUUCCCUAAAUUCCUUAUCCUAGUUACCUCCCACUACGAUGCAGAGGUAGGCCAGGUAUUCGUCGAGAAUACUGAUACAACGCUACUGCCGCCCUUCCUUCGAAGCGCAGUGCAAAGUCUUCAUCGCCCACAAGUCCAUCCAAUCACCGAUGGCAUGGAUAGGGUGAAUAUUACAAACUUAGCACAGAACACGGAUUACAACAUCGCGGUCAUUCCGUACUUACUGGAUGGACGCAUUGGAGCAGUUCUGGAAAAGACGGUUAAAACCAAAAUGGCGGGACUUACCAUUUCCGCCUGCGAUUUGACAGCUUGGGAGGCAGGCGUGAGUAUCCACACGCUCUCUCCUCUGAAAUCGGCUAUCCAGCACUGCAAAGUGGUAGCCGCAUUUCCAACCGGUAAUGCAAUGCACUUGCUCCCAAUUUGUCAUGGUGACACUAUUCAUGGAGGCAACAUUGCCGCUCCUUGGGUACCCAAUCCCACUUCUUAUUCCUCCAUGUCCAGUCUCAUUUUUGCAGACAUCCAUUUGUGUGAGUACCUAACACGUUGCUCCUUUCUCCUUGAAGGCAGUAACUUACCGACGCUGAAGGAAGGAUUCGUGUAUAAUUUCAAAGCAAGAGUGCAGCCACCUGGCUUGACUCCAAAUUGCAACAAUGUGACGUUUGCUUCGGCCUGGUCCGAACCACUGACCAUUGCUACAGCCCUCUCAAAAAGUGAAGUGAAAACUCACAACGUGACGGUGACAGCCUAUAUUGUUGAAAGGGAAGAAAAGGAAGAGAGCAGCUCUGCUUGUCUAUUGCCGCAGGCAGAGUACAGCGAACACCACGAGCUUCGGGCGGUUGAAAAUAGCAUUUCCCGCAGUGGGGACAACGCUUCCAUCUGCAUUAUUGUCGAUUGGACCGUCGAUGCCACCAGUGCGGGUAGCAUUCUCGGAUACAUUCUCCAAUUAACGCAAUCUGCUGCCAACAACUGUCGCCUCAUUUGGGUUCCUUGUGAAGACUGCUUUCCCGGUUAUGGUUUGAGGAAUGCUUUGCCUGAGGUUGCACAACAGUUGCGCCGCAUAGCAUCACAAUGCAUAGAGGACUCCACACAGCUGUUGCAAAAUGCUGAGCAAGUAAACUCAAAACUCUACAAGACGACGAUGCGUCUUGUGCUCGGAUUUGAGAGCUUGGGAGAGGCAAAUGACACGUUGACGGGAAUGGUGAGAGUACACGCGGUGAAGAUGGGCUCAAUCCACCAGAUAAUGGUACAGUUUUGGCAGACCAACGCUCAAGUCAUUCUCUCCAAGGGCAGGUUCCGAGCCGGACUGAUAACAGGAAUACUGGCCAUUGUCUUGGUCACUAUCCUGAUAGCGAUCGUAAUUAUAAGGAAGCGAAGGGCGAAGAUCAUAAGGCAGGAUCAGUACAUGAAAGUAGCUAAUGAGGAUGAAGAUGCAUUGGAAGCAGAUUCCAUGAACAUAAUACAAAAGAAGUUUGGAUCGCGUCUCCGCAAGGCUCCAACACCAAUCCACCUGUCGCACUUUGUGAACACUGUCGCUAACUACGCCGCAAAUGACUACGCGAUAUUGCGUGAGGAAUUCAAAACACUGCAGUGCAACGCCGCUAUACAGCAGGACGAGAAAGGCCUUACAAUGGAGGUUGGUGCUCACCCUGAAAACCAGUUGAGGAAUCGUUACAAAAACGUUCUGCCCUUCGACCACAACCGCCUAAAGCUGACAAAGAAGUAUGCGCUGGCUGAUCUCUGUACAGUGGACGAAAGUGACCCCAAGGCCACACCUCUCGCCCUCAACGCAUUGUCAAACUACGUCAAUGCUAGUCUCAUACCCUCCACUCCACCGUUGUUGCGCAUCAACUGCGCGACUGCCAAGCCUGAGUGCAGGUCCUGUCCCAACGUCUACGUGGCGGCGCAGGCCCCCAAACGCUGCUCCGUGGCACUCUUCUGGCAGGCCAUUUGGGAUUCCAAUGUGCGAGUUAUUGUCAUGCUGACUAGAUUGCACGAAAGGGAGAAAGAAAAGUGUUGGCCUUACUGGCCACGCAAGCAUGACAAUAGGGAUGGUGAUGGUGAGGGUGAUGGCCUAAACAGCGAGUUAUGCUCCGCCACGUACGGCAACUUCGCCGUCACUCUGCAGAGCACUGAGACCGGCUUCUGCUACAUCCGUCGCGUUCUCGUGAUCCACAAUAAGGCUGUCGAAAAUACCAUUCCCAGACGGGUGAUUCAACUUCUGAUGACAAGUUGGGAUGAUUUUAAGGUGCCCAGAAAGGACGACUUUUGCAUUUUCCUGAAGAAAUACUGGGAUGACCUCAAGGCUAUGAAUAGGCAAUCCGUUGGCUCUGUCCUCGUUCACUGCAGCGCCGGUGUUGGAAGAACGGGCACAUUCAUUGCAAUCGACAUGCUCGCUCGGUACAUCGAAGGGUUAGUGGAGUUGGGGAAGAGGAGGGUUUCGAGCAACACGAAGACCGAGGACAAUGGUGUGCCGUGGCAGGAAUCCAUCUACGCAAAUCUAACGGAAUCGGGAAAGGCCAUUCUGCUGCACAACCGUGCCACACUUGACAAGAGCACCUCAAUGGUGGACAUCUUUCAAACUGUCCUUUGGCUACGAUCACAACGGUUGAAGUCGGUUCAACAGGAUAUACAAUAUAUCUUUAUCUAUGACUUCCUCAGCUACUACAUCCAAAGUCUAACUGGAGAAGUAGGCAAUGCUUUUGUUGCUCAUCAUCCAUCCCCCAGUCCCGACUAUGAAAAUGAGAGUGGAAGAGAAGCCACAUAUACUGAUGACGUGAAAUUGUACAAAUAG